GAAAGAGGACGAGACUACGAGCGUCUGGGGUCAAACGGGGACUGAUUCGGAGUCCGGACGAGGGAGAAACGAAGCAUUAAACAGAGGCUGAGCAAGCCACACGGGAAUCCUGGAACUCCACACGGCCGUGUGCGUCGUGGCCGUGCGGAAAUCACCGAGCCUUCACACAGGCAGCUGGGAAAGCCACACGGCCGUGUGGCCUGGCCACGUGAUCGGGAAUUUCUGUUUAAAACUCGAUUUAAAGCCAAAGGAAAGGGGAGAGCUGGGUUUUUGGUUCCCAAACACCCAAGGGACGAACCCUAGAGAGAGAGAGCGACUUGGGAACAUUCUUGGAGCUAUUUUGGAGGAUUUCUUCGUCAUUGGAGCUCGGGAAUCAAGCUUGGAGAUGGAGAUUGAAGAUCUAGAUCAGAUUUCUGCAGUCUCUCUCUUCUCUAUGGAGUAACUUCCCUUCACUUAGGUUUUGAGGAACCCUAGUUCCAUGUGUUAGGAUCUUUCUUGUAUGAAGUUUUGGAUGCUAUAUUGUUUGAUUAUAAUCUAUUGAGGCAUGAUUUAUUGAGUCAAUUGAAUCUUGAUCAAAUUCUCUUGAUUUCUGCUUUAACCUAUGAUAGAUAGAAUCUGAUUAGGUUAAGAGAGCUUUCUUGAUUGAUGGUGGUGAAUUGGUUAUACGAGAGUUAGUCAAUCUACUGCUUUGUACUGGAAUCCAAUUCCGGUAGUUGAGUUCUGUGUUCAUAGCCUCAGCUUUCUAUCCUGGUGAAGGUUAGUCGCCUGCCGGGUAGUUGGACUGAGAGGGCUUGGUCAGCUUAAGAGAUUCUAAGCUACUGUCGGAUCUUCCGCAGUUUAAUCAACAGUAGAUCAAACAAAGAUAAUUGCAACUUGGACCUAAUUGAGGAGCUAGGGGGAAUCAUACCUAAGUGAGUUCACAACUUGUAAUUAGUAGAGUAGUCAGUAGAGUAGUUUAUAAAUCAAUCCUUAAUCUAGUUUGCUAGAUAAUGAACUUAAGCUGAGUAAUAGUAACUCUAGAGACCCGUGGAUUCGAUAUUUAUUACUUGUGCCACUAUACUGCAGUCCCUUUCAUUGGUUACACUUGGCCAUUGUUAGGUGUUGUGUUUUAGCGUGUCAAGUUUUUGGCGCCGUUGCCGGGGACUUUCUAGAGUAUUAGGAAAGGCAGAAGUUUGUUACUUUAGCGUUUUUCUUUUCUUUUCCACCCCUGCUUUUCACUUGGGUAUUUUUGUUUUUGUUGGUGCAGAUCUGAAUCAUGGACCCUCAUGGCUUCUCCAAUCAUUGGGGGUAUCCACCACCACCCGAGUGGUAUUACCCCGAGACUCCCUGGAGCAAUCAAGGAGGAGAAGACUAUGGAUUCGGGUUCCAGUACCAACCCCUUUACUACGGAGAACAACCGGACCCCUGGGCAUAUCAAGAACAACCUCAUUACCAAGAAGAAUUUCUCCCACAACCAGAAGGGCCAUCGGCGCUUGAGUUACCCAUGGCGGCCUUCACGGGCCAUUCUGCAGAGCCAUGCUACACUCCACAGCCAGAUCCAAACUAUGAAUUGAGGCUUCUCAUGGAGCAGUUUGCUCGAGACAGUGAGAGAACAUGCUCCAGGAUGGAUCAUUGUGUCCAGGCCUAUCGUGAAACAGAGGAGAUCCUCCUGAGCCUUAAGAAGAGUGUCGAUGAUCUUGAGCGAUCUUGUGCACAACCUGCUCCCAAUCACCCUUCUGCUACCAUACUAGAAGAGGAGGAGGAAGAAGAAGGCUACAAGGACAUUGUGGAGCACACUAAAGUUGUCACGGAGAGCUCCCGUGAUGAUCAUGAUCAGGAAUGUCCUAUCAUAGCCGACCACACUUUCCCACAUCCCAAACUGAGCUUUAAAGAGGCGAGCAUGAGUGAGGAGAUGCAAGAAGAUCUCAUGAAAGAAAUUGCUUGGCAGCUUGCUCUCCAAUCUGUGCUAGAAGAAGAAGAGCAAGAAAGGGUGCAGAAAGAAGUUGUGGAGGAUGCCGAAAGUGAAGCAGAAGGAGUUCUUGAUCAUUUCCCAGGGGUGAUACCACAUGAAGAAGAAAGGGAGGUUGAAGAAGCAAUGGGCGUCCAGGCUGAGGACGAAGUUGAGAUGGAAGAGGCUUGCACCGGCUAUGAGUUACUUGUGAUAUCUCCACCAAAUUUCGAGGAGCUGCUUGGCGAGGACCCAUUUGCAGUGUCUCUUUGCCAGACCAAGGCCACAUCGACAUCGGUUCCUCUUGGUGGACGCGAUGGUGGUCAAUCGAUGUUGUCAUAUAUGGUUUGGGGCAAUGAGACAAGAGAAGAGAAGAAGAGGUCUCGAGGAUGGAGGCUUCAUCUGCAUCAAGUGCAUGAGCUUCCAUCACCAGUCAUACCACAUGCUCGUGACUUGCGACUCCACCUCAUUGACGAGAACCUCAACUCCAAGGAGGUUCUAGCAUGGACCGAAACUUAGGAGCCAUCGUCCGGCUCACGACGUGAAAGAAGCGCUUGUUGGGAGGCAACCCAACCAGUCGGUUUGCAUUUCUUUCGCUAUUUCUUCUCGAUUGAGUCAGUUUUGUUAUUUGAUUUAUUAUUCAAUAACUCAACCUUUGUGAG